AUUUCAUCUCUAUCUUUGUCUUCUCUGGAAAACCCUCUUCCUGUAAUUCUCUAUAUUGCUGCAUCGCACAGCUAUCAUCACCCAUUCGCCUGCAUAUCCUUAUGUAAAGAUCAACUCGAGUUCCUGCCUUUCUCACUACACCCCGCGGCUCCACCCUUCACGACUUUACUUUUCUCCCCGCAUGGCUGUCCGCUUCUGAUAAAGGUGGGAAGCGCACACAGCAAUGCCUCUCCCACCAAGGCUUUUCCACGGUGAUGUGGAGUUGGGGAAACGAGAUGAUGAUCAUAAGUCUGGCUCGAAAGCGCCACUAGGAUUUGCUUGGAAACAUCGAAGGCCACAUGUCCAACGUCGAUCGAUCAAGAAGAUUAUAUUAGGUCUAUUGGUUGGAAUUGGGCUCUAUUACUUCUAUAAGAAUAUGCCGACAGAUCUUCAGAAUCCGCGACAGAGACCCCAUUAUACGCAGACUGGAGCGGUACCUGCAAAAGCUGGCUCGAAAGCUCCCUCUUCCCAACUGAAUCCAAAUCAUGUCUCGAAAACAAAAGAUAGUGAAUCUAUCGAGAUAACUGGGCAUGACUUCAAUGGUCCAAUCAGAUUCUAUCAACUGGCUUCGACUUUACAUGCGAUGUCGAGGGUUAAAGGUUCUGAUCCUGUCAACAAUAAUGUGGUAUGUCGUUGGCCAGGACCCAACGUCAUCGUUUCGAAACUAACGGUUUCUUAGUUAUUUGCAGCUUCGAGUUUGAAAAGCGCUUCAAGUUUAUUACCUAUUGCGUGCGAAAUGGCUUUGAGAGAAAGAAAUUAUGUACAUUUUGCGUUUAUGGGGAGGGAUGAUAUUCCAAUGGAUAUAUUGAAGUCCGUUAAUGGCGUUAAUAAGGAUUGCCAGAUUUUUUUUCAUGGUAUGGAAAUCUUCUAAUUAAUUUGUUGCAUGUUUCUAACCUGGUUAGAUGCACGACCCGACUAUUCUUUACAGAGCUCAGAUUUCCGAAUGGAAGUUAGUUGUUCCGCUGGUCUUAAGCAUAUCAACUCUUUUGUCCACCCACAAGCUGUUAUUGUUGAUGCAUCUGGGGAUGAGAAUGAUUACUUGAUCUCGACGUUUAAAACUCGAGCCAACGCAUUAGACAUAACCUUGAUUGAACUUCCUGCAAAUGUUGAACAAAAUCUUAUGUGGAUUGUUCAAUUGGAUAGUGCCUCAUUGAGUGGUAAGUGCAUCUCUGAAGGAAAGCGCAUGCCCGUUUGGCUAAUGAUCAUAGCUUGGACCAAAAUCAGUAUCGAUGUAAUUGUUCACGCGCAACCAGAAAGAUCUGGAUCUUUGAUUAGGUUACUCACAUCUCUCAAGAAUGCCGAUUAUUUUUCCAGCAACGUACCACGAUUAACGAUAGAAUUACCGCACAACGUAGAUGAACCAACCAAGCGAUUUCUUUCAAAAUUCAAGUGGCCACCAAAGCGUAGUCAAGGCGAGGGUAGUCUCCUGACACUUCGUCAUCGAAUUCCACAACACGGACUUAGUGCAGAAGAAAAUUCGAUUAAAUUCAUGGAAUCAUUCUGGCCUGCAGAUCCUAUGUUCGCCCAUGUCCUUGUUCUCUCUCCUCAGGCUGAACUUUCGCCUCUCUACUUCCAUUACCUCAAAUUCGCGCUAUUAGAGUAUAGGUACUCUUACAACAGAGCUGUGGCUCAAAAGAAUAUGCUUGGGAUAAGUCUUGACCUUCCAACUACUUAUCUCAAUGAUUCAACGGUAUUUACUCCACCCAAAUCAACAAGUACAAAACCGAGUCCAUUUUUAUGGCAAGCUCCAAAUAGUGACUCUGCUCUUUAUUUUGGAGACAAAUGGGUGGAACUUCAUGACUUCACAGCCAGAACGAUGUUUUCUCAACACACCUCACCUUCACCAACUACUUUGGGUAAUAACUACGUCAGUAAAACAUAUCCAUCAUGGUUAGAGUAUGUCCUCAAAUUAGCGAGGGCACGCGGCUAUUGGACUCUUUACCCCAAUUUCGAGAGCUGGGAUGCUCUAUCUACAAUCCAUACAGACCUUUAUACACCACCAGAAGAAUACAUGAACAAUCCGGAUGAGGCAACGGAUUUCACAGCAAACCCAGCGGAACAUCUAUCUUUAAAACAAAAAGACGAGCCAUUGAUAGAAGGUUCUUUACAAACGCUUCUAUCGGAUUUACCUGUCGAAAUUGCUGAAAUGCAAAUGAUUGGUUGGGAUGGUGAGGACAUUGAUGACGAAGUGCUACAAUUACGAGCCAAGGAAUACAGUCGAAUUUUCCGGCAAGGAAUUGGAGGAUGUGCCACUGGAGUUGCAGAAAAGAAAAGAGUUCAUAUGCUGGCAGAGGACUUGUUUUGUUCAGAGCAUGAGCCAUUGGAGUCUUUGGAAUCUCUUGCGCCAAUAUCGCCUAAGGUAACUUCCGCCUUGGAGUCAAAGGACACUACUAGCAAGACAGCCACAAAAACCGAUGGUGUGGUUAGUAAUGUAGAUAAGUCUUCUACCUAGUGUAAGUAAAGCCUGGUUUAUGUCAUUUCUAUGGUGGGUAUAUACCGAUAUGUACAAAACGAACUUUUUUAAGGAGAACCAAUGAUAGAGAAGUUCUUUCCUUCUUUACCGUGAUCGGUAUUUAUGAGGCUCUUUCAUGCGUACGCUUAGAUUACUAUUGGUCGUUGCAAGUACGGAAGAUUGGCCCAAAUGCCAAGCACAAAGAACAUAUGAUAUGAUUCUCGAAGCUGCUCAGGCACCAAUGUCGGUUUACUCCUAAUUCCCUUGAUUCCUCCGAAAUUUUGGAGCUUUUGAAAGAAGAAAUGAUCCGGUUAAUAACGAGGAGAAAUUUCCUACCAUAAAGGAAUGGUGUUACAUCUCCGACUUCAUUGGUGGUGAUCUCGUGG